CCCCCCCCUCGGGGCGCCCCCCAGUGGAGCCUCUUCCCACCCCGGCCGCUUGUGAAAGAUGCACCAACAUGCCGCCGAUGGCAACCUCUCAGCCCUCCUGCUGGAGAUCGUGCGCACCGGCCGGCGGGUUGACACUCUCGACACCGAGUCCCAAUCGUCAGCCCUCCAUGUUGCGUGCGAGCGGGGCCACCAUUGGGUGGUGAUGCUGCUGCUGAUGGCCCACGCCGACCCGAGCGCCCCCCGCUAUGACGGCAAGACGCCCCUGCAUUUGGCCGCGCAGAGUGGGCGUCUCGACAUUUGUCGCUUGCUCCUGCGAUGCCACGCGCCGGUCAAUGCCCAGGACGCCGGCCGUAACCUGCCCAUCCACCUGGCCAUCAGUCAUGGCAAGAGCCCGGACAUUGUUGGUCUGCUGGUCCUGGAGGGGUCGUACCUCAACCGGCCAAACAUCGACGGCGUGUCGCCACUCGACCUCAUCAAGCAACUGGUUGCCACCCAGGAAACCGCCGCUCCGAUCUCCAGCCGCCGACGCGCGGCACAGGCCUCCCGCUCGGCGGCCGCCACGGCCAACGCCACGGAGCUGCUCCAGAAGCGCUAUACCGACGCGAUUGCCGAUGCCCUUUCCAAGCGCAAGGCCAUUGCCCUGUUGGAUUCCACCCGCCGGGACCGCCUGCAGGCCGAGCGGCAGGCCCUCUUCCGCUUCGAGGUCUUUCAGGCCCUCUCGCGCUAUCUCGACACCCGGCCGGUGCUGUACAUGGACCCUGGCCUGCGCGCGCGGCCCCAGCACAAGAUCCCCCUGCCCUAUGUGCGCAUCAUGAAGCCCACCAAGGAUAGCUCGCUGGUCGACGGCGAUGGGCGUACCCUCAUCCUGUGGUUCCACACGCCCCACACAUUCACCGACAAUGAGCAAGCCCGCAGUGCGGAGUUCCGCUCCUUCCAGGCCAUGGAUCCGGACAUCGGGUCCGACACGACCGACUCCUCGGAGCUCAUUGCCACCACUUCCGACAGUGAGGAUGGCCAUCUGUCCUCGUCGACGGCCAGCGAUGGCACCAUUGGUGGCAUCCAUUCCACGCCCGGCCUGUCAAGCCAGUACUCCGGCUCGGUCGCCAGCAAUGCCAUGGUUCGGUCCACCUCAUCGGCCAGCUCCGUGCACAGCGGCUUCAGCUCCAUGUCCGCGGCUUCGUCCGCCUCCGGUGCCGGGUCCAUCUCCUCCAGUACCUCUUGCUCCAGUUUGAGCGCGGCCCUGAGCUCCUCCAUGCCGCGAUCCAUGCCUCCCUCCUCGCCCCCGGCGGCCUUCUCCGGCCCCGGGGCCGGGUCCCUGGUGGAGAGCUCCCUGGCCGCGGCCAAUCUCUUCUCGGACUUCGGUGCCGUCAUCCCCAUGGAGACAUACAACUCCGUGUACCGUGGCAUGGGCAACAACUUGCUUGUCCGACUGAACCGCCGGCAAAAGGAGGUUUACAAUCGCCUGGCCGAGUGUCGGAUUGUGGAGUUGCUCGGCGAGGCGGCCGUCGUUCGGGCAUGCCUGAUUCCCGGUACCGGGCCGCCGGGAGCCGCCUCAGCCGGGGCUCUUACCCUGUCCGAGCUGCAGGGGGCCGACUCGGAGCUUGUGUCGCAGAUCGCCUCGGCGGCACCGGUGGCGGCCUCGGCCGCCGCCGCCGCCGGAGCCACCUCGGACACGGGCGAGCCCUCCUCCGGGGCAGCGUCGACUGGCUCGGAGCCUGGCCCUGUGCCCCCGCCCAAGGCAGCAGCCCCCUCCAUGGCCGGGCCCACGGCGGCUCCCCCUUCUGUCUCCCAUCCUGGGGGCAGCAGUGGCAGCGGCGGUGGCCAUGGCUCGCACCCGAAGUUCUACAAGCACGGUGACUCGGUCAGCGGGUCCUCCUCCUCCUCCUCCUCCUCCUCGUCCUCGUCCUCCUCCUCCGGUGGCGGCGGCGGCAGCGGCGGCGGCAGCGGCGGCGGCGGCAGUGGUGGCAGCAGCCAUGGCUCUUCCAGCUCGGGGCCUGGCGCCAUAAGGGGGGCCCCCUCAGCUGGGCCUUCGGCCGGCGGGUCUCCCUCCAUCCAUGAGGCCCGGUCGCCACCGGCGGCCGGUGGCCACGGGGCCUCCAGCAGCGGUGGCCAUGGCGGUGGCUACGGCGCCAUCGGCAUCUGUCUUGAGGCCUAUACCCGCGAGUGCCCGGCCUGGUAUUUCCUGGAGAGUGGGUCCAACUUCCGGGUUCCCUUCCUGAUGGAGCAGUGCCUGUCCUUCCUGGAGAAGAAUGGCCUGCAUACGAGGGGCCUUUUCCGUGAGGCCGGCAAUCAGCGCCGGUCCAACCAGUUGGCUGAGCUUUUCGCCGCGCGCCCCCAGGCGCCGGUGGACUUCACGGCCGGUGGCUUCCAGGUGCAUGACGUGGCCGCCGUCCUGAAGCGGUACAUCCGCGAGUUGCCCGACCCAAUCCUCACUCCCCGGCUACAGGGGCUCUUUGUCCAGGCCAUGUGUCUCACCGACGCGCGCCGGCGCUUCAGCGCCCUGCAGCUUCUCUUGUCCUUGCUCCCGCCGACCAACCGCGAUCUGCUGAAUGCCCUGCUGCUCUUCCUGCGCAAGGUGUCCCUGCAUGCGGAUGGUCCGGCCGGCAAUCUGAUGCAUCCGCGGAAUCUGGCGGUGGUCUUUGCGCCGAACUUCGUCCGGUCGCUGGAGUCCGCUUCGUCCGGCUCGGUGGAGGAGCGCCUCAAGCGCAAUCAGAUUGCAGCUUCCUUCUCGCUGCGCCUGUGUGAGCUGCUCAUCACCCAUUGUCAUGAGCUCUUCAUCUUCCACAAUGUCCGCUUGCGGGAUUAUCCCCUCUCUCGGACCUCCUCGAUGCUGGUGUCCGAAAGCACUCGGCCUCCGGAAGUCAGCCUCGAGGACCAUCUGGCGGCCGCAUCCUCCUCGUCCGUUGCGCUGCCCGGUGGCGGAAGUGCCGCCAGCACCACCGCGCCCCCUCCCUCUCGGAAGCCACUGGCUGUUGAUGCCGCGGGGGCCGCCACUGCCGCGGCCGCGGCCGCGGCCGCGGCCACCGGACAGCAGUCUCCGAUGGCCACGUCGCCGCCGCCCCUGGCCUUGUCCAUGCGUCAUGGGGCUGCUGCUGCUGCUGGUGCUGCGGCGGCAUGCUCCUCCUCCUCCUCCUCCUCCUCGGGUCCGGGUGAUGUCCACUCCGACUAUGACACCAUGCCGGCCCCCCCGUCACCGACCCCCGGAGCCCAGGCUGCCAGCUCCGGUGCCAGCAGCAGCCUGAUGCUCAGUGACUCGGUGCCGGCCGGCAGCUUGGUGGCCGGGUCUGCCUCGGGGCUGGUGGCCAGCGCGCCGCUCUCCACCUCGGUGGUUUCGCUGUCGGAUGCCGUGCGCGCCAAUGCCGGUCCCAUCCUGGCCAUGAGCUUCAACGCCGUGCCGCUCGGGUCCAAUCCGUAUGGCUUCCCCCUGGGGUCGGCGGGGCCCAACACAUCCUGCUUCGGGUGCUAUGGCGAGGUGUGCGGCCGAACGGGCUGUUUCUUCCAGCCGGCGACCGCCACCGCGGGGCUGCCUGCCACCGGUGCCCUUCCCCCCUCGGAGCUGGACUCCUCGGCACUGGAGUCGUCCGUUUGGCGGGCUCGCUUCCCGAAUGAGCCGCUGCCGGUCCUCUUCGAGUGGUGGGCCACUGCUCGGCAGACCCCGGCCGAGUCGUUGGCUGCCUCGCUGGAGCGGCGGGGCAGUUCGUCGCGUGCUGCCGGGGCCCCGACAGCGGCCACCACAGCCGCGGGGGCCCCUGCUCCGGGCGCCCCCGGGAGCAACCUGCCUCCGGGUGUCGACCCGGCCCUCUUGCCGCCGUUGGCCAGCUUUGUAGACAUGCCCCUUGGGCCGGAUCCCAAUGCCUCGCGGGUGAAGAUCGUCCGUGACCUGCAUCGGGUGUACCACUUCGAGACGAGCCAGGCCCAGCUGGGCCCGGCCAUCUUCCAGACCGAUGGCUCGCUGAAUUACGAACUUUGCAAGGGCUUCGAGUUUGAUGGUGACACUUCGAACCUCGUCUUCGGUGACAUCACCACGCGCGAAGCGACUCAGAUCGUCCGGUCGCUGGCUCACGUGCAGAUUGCGCCGACCUCACCAUCCUCGGCGGCGCACAUUGUGGCCUAUCCGUCGAUCCUGAAACUGAUCCCUUCACAUGCCCUGCUGGACAGCAUGAGCCUGUCUGUGGUCGAUGAGGAGUCCGUCGAUCUGCUGGAACUGCUGAACCGCCUGCGCGACAAUGGCGUGACCAAUGCCCUCCCCCGGGGGGCUGGCCUGCCGGCCGGAGCCCGCGGCGGUGGUCUCAAGGUCCAUGCCCGUUUCAAGAAGCCCUCCUCCGGGCGAAGCAUUGUCCGAUCCACCGCGGCCAAGGUGAACCACCUGCUCGGGGGCGGUGGUUCCGGGGCUUCCUCCGGCGAUUCGAAUGGGACUGCCUCCUCUUCGACCUACGAGUAUGUCUUCCGGGCGAAGGAGCUUGUCCAGUGGCUGCGGCAGUUUGGUGCGCCGCCGGCCGCCGAUGCGCCGGCCGGCUCGCCAGCCUCCUUCGGUCGUCCGAUCCCCCUGCGCCAGGCCGAGGCUCUGGCCCGGGCGUUGAUCCUCUGCGGGGCCAUCCUCCAUGCGGUGCCGACGGCCGUUGGGCUUGGCUCCCUGGGAUCCUUGGCCAAGGCCGAAGACCCGAAUGUCGCCGGGAGUGACCCCACGAGUACCGGAGGCGCCGGCGCCUCUAGUUCUUCCUCCGGCUUCCUGCGGAGUUCCCGCUUCCUGGCCAGCAUCCGCAAGGGUGGCUCGAGCUCCUCCUCUUCAUCGCGUGCCGAGGGCGGCGCCGAGCACGACGCACCAGAUGCUCCCAGCGAAAUGGCCGCGAGCGCGGCCGCGGCCUCCUCCUCUUCUUCCUCGUCCUCGUCCUCCUCCUUGGGCUCCGGGCAUGAGGUCCUGCUGUGUUUCAACAAGUUUGGCCUUGACCCCGAGCGCACGAUCAUCGGCUCGCAUCCGAACUCAGUUAUCAUUGGCUGCGCGGCACAGAUGAACACCAUCACCGAUGUGCGCACCCUCAUUUGGCCACCGGAGGAAGAUUUCCCCCCGACCGAGCCCGAGACGCAUUCGGACAUCUGAGUGUGUGCCAUGUGUGCCGCCAUGUGCGUGUGCGUGUGCGUGUGGACGAGUGUGGACGAGUGUGAUCAUCAAUGCGCGAGGGCGCCUCCCCCCCCCCCUCCUUUUGUCGAGGUAUCGCCCCGUUUCCGGGGCAGAAUGAUGCGCCCUUUUUCCAUACUCCCCCUUCCUCUCCCCUCUUUCCCAAGGUGGGCAUGCAUGCCCCUCGCCCUCUCCCUAUACAUAGCCACCAAUAUAGAGCCGCUGUGUGUGGUUGUAUCCUC